AUGUUUCCAUGGCAAGCGCAAUAUUUUCGUUGCUUAUUUUGGUAUGGAAUAUUAAGAAUUUCGCUAUCAUAUUCAAUUCAUAAUUUUGUCAUCCAUGAAACGCGUUCCGGAACUUUACUUGAACUCGUACGGCUUAAUAAUCUGUCAAUUUAUAAUGACAUCAUAAAUGGAACAUCACCGGUUACUGUAAUACUACUUACCAAUAAUUUGUCAAAAAAAUUUGAUGGACUUAAAUCUCUGUUACCUGCUGAGAUAAAAUAUUUUAAUGAUCGAAGAAAUGUAUAUAAAGUAGAAACGCCCCAAGUUCAUGUCCUCAUAGAGCCAACACAUUCUACCAUACUACCUGGUUCCAUCAAAUUUAUGACACCAAUUAAAACAAUGAAUUCAAGUGAUAUAGCAAAAUUUGUUAUGCUUUCGAUAGAAAUUGAAAAAAAUAUCAUAUCACCAAAUAUUGAUAAGGUAUUAUGCUUCCCGAAUCAACAAAUGAUACUUAUGAAUACUCUAUUAGGUAAUUAUCAUUCGUUUACGAUGUAUGUGAUAAAUUGGAAUAAUGACAAAAAUGUGGGAAAUUUAAUUAAUGAAUUGAAUGAGAAACAUGGUAACGACACUGAUCAGAAUGGUAUAACACGAAUGUUCGCCAAAGAAUUGCUAAAUCCGAUCCGUUGUGGUCUGAUAGCAUAA